UCUGCCCUCCGAUGUUUUCGUGGCCACCACUUGAGUGGAGACCAUCCAGAAAACUUCAGAGGAGUACAAGAUCAACUACUUGGGAGUCCAGAGAGCACUUUUUCCCCCCACAUCGAAAUCACAUAGAAUGGCCUCUCGUGUCGAGAAAUCGCAAAAGUUCCGUAUCGAGGCGCUGCUGGCUCACGAUGUUGACCGGAGGCAGGACGGCGAUGAGGCAACCUACACCGGGCGUAGUCCCGUCCGCAGCCCGCACUCCGAGACUCUCUCCCCGCCUCGGCCUCCCAGCGCUCCGCUGCAGGCCCGGCCGGGGAACACCCCCGACGCCCCCGUCUACGACUUCUCCCUGCAGGCGGGAUUCGCCGCGAUGCACGCCGGGGGGUUGUUCGGAAUGCACCCGAGGUCCUUGUACCCUUUGCCGCCUGCAUUUGCGUGUCCCGGCUUUCCGCAGCUGGUCCAGCCUUACCCGGGGCACCCGAAAGGGGGCAGCGUGGCCGGGCUGCACCCGCUGGAGCCCUGGAUCCGAGGCGGGAUGACGUUCCCCAGGCUUGCAGAGAAUUUAGCAGCGCCAGCCCAAGCAGGUUUACUGGGGAAGUGCCGGAAGCCCAGGACCGCGUUCACCAGCCAGCAGCUGUUGGCACUUGAAAACCAGUUCAAGCUCAACAAGUACCUGUCCAGACCCAAACGCUUCGAGGUUAAGAUCUGGUUCCAGAACAGGCGAAUGAAGUGGAAGAGAAGCCGUAAAGCCAAGGACCAGGCCAACCCGGUGUCCCAACUGAGUGACGGCGAAAGGGCGGACAGUGUCCAACUCCAAGCGGACUCUCCCAGGUCCAGCCUGGAGGAUGAAGAUGAGCUGGAAGGCCAGCAAGAGGAUGAGGAGCCGAGUGCACUGCCGGGUUCUCUAUGCUACCUCUUGAAGCGCGGUGGAGGAGUCACAGGGAACUAUAGCUCUUAUUUACAAGAUGAGCCGGAGGAGGGAAGUUCGAGGAAAAGUGGGGUUUUCAAACAAGUAUAGCAUUUUAUUCUUUGUGUUUGUAUAUUGCUUUGGAGAGAACGAUGCACAGUGGAAGCAGAUGCAAAAAGGGAUAUUAUUUAUGACCAGCCAGUCAUGGAAAUGCUAUGUUAAACCAAAAUAACGGAAAAUUCGUAUAAUACAGUAUGAUUUUACCUUGAUUUUGCAAUUGUGCUGCU